AUGCUCCGUCGGCUCUGCGCAUUUCGGGGCGGCAACGCCCUACUUGUGCUCUGCGUCGCUCGGUGCUUGAGCACACGGCGGCUUCCCGCGUCGGCGGCAAAGGCGACGACGCCGCAGCGCGGCGCACCGAAGAUGCAUCCUCCACCUGCUGUUGGGGCCUCCCCCGCCUCACGGAGACAAGUCCGCGCCUCGCGGUUGCUGGCAGGGGAGAAGCAGCAGCGGCUGGCGCCGGCGCCGCCGAAGAAAGCGGUCGCUUCCGGCGAGACGAGGGCGCAGACGGCCGCAAGGAAUAGCCAUAAGGCGCUGAAGGGAACACCCAGGGGGCGGCCUCAGAGGCGGCAAGCGGCGUCCCGCAGCUUGUGUGCGGCGCCUGCCUCUCUGCGAUCCAAAACGACGGGCCCCCGUUUACGAACGGACGUGCGAAAGGGGCACCCGCAUGCCCAUGCCGUUCAGAAGAAGAAGUACAACAAGCGAGUGGCGGCCAUCGCUAAGCUUUGGCGGAUGCAGAAGAAAAAGACACCGAAGGCCGCCCCUGCGGUGUCUUCCAAGAGAUAG